GACCAUAAUAGUCCUUUAAUUCCCCGAGAGGCCCAACUAUACCAUAGCAAAAGGUUAUACGCUGUAAGCCCAGUAUAUUUUCUCUCUUUUCUUGUUCAGGAAGAUUUGUUUUUCUUCGACUAAUACUCUUGACAGAGCAAGAAGAAGAAGAAAGUAGUAAGAGCAAUGGAAGAUUCAAAGAAGAUUGCACACGAAAUCGGUGGAGUGAGAAACGAUGCGUUUCGAUUUGGGCUUCAUGGUGUUAAGAGCGACAUCGUCGGAUCUCAUCCUCUUGAGUCUUCCUAUCACUCUGCGAAGGUUAAGGAACAGGAGAUGAAGAGGAAGAUACUUGCUAACACUUACGGGUCGGCUUUCCCUAUGAAGUUAGAGCUCGAUCGACAAAUUCUUUCCAGAUUUCAGAGGCCACCAGGGGCAAUACCAUCUUCAAUGGUUGGGUUAGAAUCCCUAACCGGAGGGCUGGAGGACUUUGCUUUUGAGGACUACCUGAAUGAUCCUAAGGAUUCUGAGAGCUUUCGUCCAGUUGACAUGCAUCAUGGUGUGGAAGUGCGCCUUGGGCUUUCUAAGGCACCUGUGUGUCCCAGUUUCAUUUGAAUCAUUUGCAAUUGAUUGAGAAACUGUAACUUGUGAUGCUGCUGCUGCUUUGUACUUAUUAUCUCCUAGAAACCUUGUGUGUUGGGUAUUUUUAAUAUUAGCUGGAUUUGGAAACGCAUGAUUAAUGUUCUUUUUUUCCUUAUCA